AUGAAGCUCACGCAAAAGUGUCUUGGAAAUAUCAGCAAGAUGUUGGACUUUUAUUCGCAAUUCAAUCCUUCGCCGCUUUCGAUAAAACAGUUCAUCGAUUUCGGCCUAAGUGCCUGUGAGAGGAAGUCCUUUAUAUUCUUAAGGAAGGAAUUGCCGGUCCGAUUGGCCAACAUUAUGAAAGAGAUCCAUCUUCUGCCUGAGAAUUUAUUGAAAAUGCCUAGCGUGGAUAUAGUUAAUAAUUUGUACGCCACCUCGUUCGAGGAUAUCAUGCAGUUCGAGAAGGUCGAAGUCAACGAUACCACUCUAGACAAAUUCUGUCAGACAUUGGUGAAAAUCAGGAACAGGCAUAAGGACAUCGUCGAAACGAUGGCGCAGGGUGUUUUAGAAUUGAAAGAGUCGCACGAUGUCGAUGUCCAGACGGAAAACAAUAUUCAAUAUUUCUUGGACAGAUUUCUCAUGUCUCGAAUUUCCAUUCGUAUGUUGAUCAACCAACAUACUCUCUUGUUCGGUAGCGAAUUAAAUGGACACAGUAGACACGUGGGAUCCAUAGAUCCAUCCUGCGAGAUAAGCAGCGUUGUGAAAGACGCGUAUGAGAAAGCGAGAUUACUCUGUGAUCAAUAUUAUAUGGCUAGUCCGGAAUUGAUAGUCCAACAGCAUAACGAGUACGAUCGAUGUAGCCAAAUUAGAAUAGUUUACGUACCGAGCCAUUUGUUUCACAUGCUGUUCGAACUUUUCAAAAACAGUAUGCGAGCUGUUAUGGAACACCAUAGUUCGAACGGGGAGUAUCCAGCGAUAGAAGUGAUCGUGUCGCGUGGUAAAGAAGAUAUAUGCGUUAAGAUGUCCGAUAAAGGUGGCGGUAUUCCUCGCUCGCAAAUGGACCAUUUGUUCAAAUACAUGUACAGCACGGCGCCCAGGCCAACGAAAACCGAUGCUCAUACAGUUCCACUUGCUGGAUACGGUUACGGUCUUCCAGUAUCUCGAUUAUACGCCAGAUAUUUCCACGGUGACCUCGUUCUCCAAAGUUGCGAUGGUUUCGGUACCGAUGCCAUUGUAUACCUAAAGGCUUUGUCGAACGAAGCCAACGAGCUGUUGCCAAUUUUCAACAAGACUUCCUCCAAAUUUUAUCGAACUCAAGUAUCAACCACCGAUUGGAGCAGUCAUUGCGGUGGUGGAAUGGCAACGAGGCAAUUACGUAUGAGUCAUGUUCAAGGACACAAACUUCCACGUGGAAUGGAGGUUAGGCAUUGUUAACGAAAUUUCAUCUCUAUGGACCAAGGAAGUAAGUAUCCACUUACUUACUAGAUGUUCGACAUUUGUCAGAAUGGAACAGAUUCUUCGCUGCGGUGUUUAUUGUACAGAAUUUAGAAGAAAAGAAAGAGAGAGAGAGAGAGAGAGAGAGAAAAGAAAUUCGUAGACGAGCAGCGCAAAUUUAUUUUUAAAAUGUUAUCGUAUUCUAUGUAUAAUUUGAUUCAAAAUUAUUGAAAGCACUGUUUCGAUUUAUAACUGAAUAUUUAUUGAUGUGAUUUUCGAUCGAUGUAUUGAUAGAUGUAUCUUGCAUUUGAAUCGCUCUUAGUGUUUCAGUGUUUCCUUUUUAAUGAGAUGUUUCGCUUACGAGCACCGAUACGAUCGGCGGAACAUUGAGAUUCGAGAACAUUGUUAAUCAAGACAACUGCUUCCGUUGUAGGUGGAAAAAGCCUUGCGACUUUCGUGUCACGAUAUCUAAAGAAGUAGCAAGGAUCCAAGCAAUCGAGAUCCUUCGUAAUCGCGUAAUAUAUUUUUCACGAUAAACCGUAGAUAACCGUGAUGGUUACAGCGACGUUAUUGCCUCGUCAAAAAUCUCUUACUAAUCGUCGUGCCCGCGGCUACAAUGCUCACAUAUCACGAUUCUUGAAAUUUAACUGCAUUUUAAAUAUUUCCGAUAUAUAUUUUUUUUAUUAAUUUUAUAAAUUUAUGUUUUUAAGAUAUUUUUAAAAAUCGUAGAAAUUAAUCUGAACGUUCCAUCGAGAUCAUUUCUUUAUAUAUACGUAUAUAUAUAUAUAUAUACACACACGCAUACAUACAUAUAUGCCGUGCUUUUAAUAAAUCAGCAUUUUAAUUCUCUUUUUUCGAACAUUUUUUUUUUGUUCAAACACGAAACUGUUCGAACGUAUGCUGACUUAACUUUGCGAUCGAUCGAUACAAAAGCGAGAAGGAAUUUUCCACUCGUUAGAGGAAUUUUUAUAAAAAAAAAAAAAAAAAAAGUAUGCCACAAAUGUAAAACUGUGAUUUGAUACGUGAUUUUAGUUAAAUAUAGCUAGACAAACUUUGAACUUGUUAAUCUACGACGUCAUUCGCGUUUGUGAAUUUUAACUACGUUAUAUAGUAAAAAAAAAAAAAAGAAAAAAAAAAAAAAAAAAUAGAAAAAAAUAGAAAAAAAAGGAAAAUUAAAAAAAAAAGAUCGAUAAUUUAAUAAUUGCUUAGAAAUGUGAGUUAAUAAAUAAAAUGACAUGCGAGUCGGAAGGACUGGCUGAAAAGAAAGAAUAAUAAUAUUAAUGUUCACUUUAUCCUGGGAAAGUAUUUUGUAUACCGUAUAUACAAUCAAGUUCUUAAGAAGCAUUUCAGGUGUGUGUUUUAAAUGAAUUUUUAUAAGACUAAACAUAGAAAACAAAGAUUUAUACGCAAUAAAUUCAUUUCCGCGACUCUCGAGUCUCGUUUUAUAUUCUAAGGUAUUUCCUCCGAUUCAUUAUAAUGAACGUGUGAAAUUCAGCCAGAAAGAUACUCGAAUUCGAGGAUGAUGCAAUAUCGUCGCGUUCAUGUUACCUUAUAUAUAUUCUUAUUAACAUUGUAUUUUCCAAUGUGAAACGUACCUCGCUCCUGUACAUUUUAUUCGAAAUUGUAUAACGAGGUUUCAAUAUGUUUUUAACGAGUAGAGUACGAUGACAUUUAAUUUUCACAAAGAAACAGGCACAACCAGCGUACCUUAGAAUACUAAACAAUUUUUUUUAAAUCUUUACCUCCCUUAGGAUUUAUCGUAUAAAGAGACUGCAUAAUUUGCGUAUCCUGCACGUUUUCUACGAUUUAUAUUAAUCAUUUUGUUUUAUUUCUUUAAAAGAGAAUGAGAAAAGAGAGGACGAAUUUAAAAAGUGUUUGCGAACUGUUCCUAAAUCGAUGCAUUUUAUUAUUUUAAAAAGGGACAGUGUCACUUUUUGAGGCGAAUGUUUGGUUCUGUUGUGGAUCAUUCGAUCCGACGGAUGAUCCCACGAUACAUGCGUAUAUAUAUAUAUAUAUAUAUUUUGAAUGUAUGUUUUGUUCACCCAUGUAUAUAAAUUUUUAAUUUUUAGAGCACUCGGAAUAUUUGUCUAGACGACAAUUUUUAGCUGUAAUUAUAAAUAUGUAGGGGAAAAUUUCGCGCACGUAACGCGAAAACGUGAAACACUUGUAAAACAUUGUUAAUAAACAUAUUACAAGAUAAAAAAAA